AUGCAUUCCUUGCCUUGUUACCGGACCGCACCACUUCUCUCCUAUGCUUUUCUUUCCUUUUUGUUGCGCUCACUUCAAAUCUCGCUGUCACUGAAAACAAUACCAUGCAUCAACAGUAGGAGAGCAGCCAUGGGUAUCGUUCGCAGCCGCCUGCAUAAGCGCAAGAUCACCGGUGGAAAGACGAAGAUCCACCGGAAGCGCAUGAAGGCCGAACUCGGCCGUCUUCCCGCGCACACGAAGCUCGGCGCCCGCCGCGUGAGUCCCGUCCGCGCCCGCGGUGGGAACUUCAAGCUCCGCGGUCUUCGCCUGGACACCGGCAAUUUUGCGUGGGGCACAGAAGCCAUUGCUCAGCGGGCCCGUAUCCUCGACGUCGUGUACAACGCCACUUCUAACGAGCUGGUGCGCACGAAGACGCUUGUGAAGAACUGCAUUGUUGUGGUGGACGCCGCGCCCUUCAAGUUAUGGUACGCGAAGCACUACGGUAUCGAUCUUGACGCCGCGAAGAGCAAGAAGACGGCGCAGAGCACGACGGAGAAGAAGAAGUCGAAGAAGACCUCACACGCCAUGACUGAGAAGUACGACGUCAAGAAGGCCUCCGACGAGCUGAAGCGUAAGUGGAUGCUCCGCCGCGAGAACCACAAGAUUGAGAAGGCAGUUGCUGAUCAGCUCAAGGAGGGCCGUCUGCUCGCCCGCAUCACCAGCCGCCCUGGCCAGACAGCCCGCGCCGAUGGUGCACUGCUGGAGGGCGCCGAACUGCAGUUCUAUCUGAAGAAGCUCGAGAAGAAGAAGCGGUAG